UAUACACACAUUAUAUGAAAUUAUUUCAAAUUUUAUCAAGGUAUAUAUAUUAGAAAUAAAUUCUAAAGUAUUCCGUCAAUCCUUUGGCAGGGAGUGAACGAAUUUUAAUCAACUAACAGCAACUGCAGUCAAACACAUCUCAAUGGUCGCAGCAUGAUCUGUAUUAAAACCAAGUAUUUUAAUCUGAACCGCAUUCUGUUGCUCGCAGUUGGCCUAUGGCCCUAUCAACAAUCAAGACUUGUUCAAUUAUUCGUAUUCAACAGUCUUUUGAACAGUAUUAUUAUAUUUCAACUUUUAUCCUUUCUAACUGCAGAAUGUACUCCUGACUUUAUUAUAACAGUUCUUUCAAGUGUAUCGGUUUAUUUUGUUUCCAUUAUUCAGUAUAACUCGUUCUGGAGUAAUAUCUCUACAAUUAGAUAUUUAUUGGAUCAACUUCAAGAUAUCUAUAAUAAAUUGAAAGACGAAAAUGAAAUUGCUAUUAUGGAAACAUACGGAAGAAACGCGAAACGUCUAACAGCAAAUAUUAGUUUGCUUACUAUGGGCUCAAUAGUUAUAUUUCUAUCGUUACCAAUUUGGGUACGAAUUAUUGAUAUUUUUCUGAUCUUAAAUAAUUCUCAACAUGGCAUGAUACAACUCACAACGGAAUAUUUUAUUGAUCAAGAGAAAUAUUUCUAUUUGAUUUUGCUGCACAUAGAUGCAGCUACUUGUAUAGCAGGAAGUGGACUAACAGCGAUAGGAUUGAUAUACUGUGCAUAUUUUAAACAUAUCUGUGGUAUGUUUAGAAUUGCCAGAAAUAUUGUUUACAGUUACCGCAUUAAGCAAGCAAUAACACUGGAAAAAAUUUUCCUGGAAAACGAUCUUAUGAUUUAUAAAGAAAUGAUUUAUGCCAUCGACAUGCAUCGCAAAGCUAUGAAAUUUUCCGAAGAUUUACUGAACAGCAUAGAAGGAUCAGUAUUCUUGUCAAUAAUUAGUUCGGUAUGUUGUUUAAGCUUGAAUCUUUUUGGGAUUGUUUGGACUACCUCGACUGAUUUCAAUAUACAAAAAGUUGUUAUACAUUUUGGUGUAGUAUUGAUGAUUGUUAUAUGUAUGUUCUUGGCUAACAGUACGGGACAAGAAAUUACGGAUCACAAUAACCACGUAUUUACUACCGUGUACAACACUGAAUGGUAUAUAGCACCCUUACAAACACAAAAAUUGAUAUUAUUCCUUUUGCAAAGGAACAACAAGCCAUUUAUCUUAAAUAUAAGAGGAAUAGUCAUAUCAUCUAUGGAAUGUUUCACUAAGAUUUUGUACUGAUACAUUACAUAACAGUGAGUUACUUCAUUAAUGACCUAACUAUUUUGCUAAGAAAACUGUAACAUUGUUUUCAUUAUUCAUCUAUGAGGAAGUCAUCUUAUUAUAUUUGUGGUGAGCAACACAAUUAUUACAAUCAUUUAUUAAAUAAAUUCUAAUACUUAUUGCACAGUUUUCUACUUGAAUAUGUUACAGUAGAAAUUAAAUGAAUCAAUAUUAAUGUGUAUUUUAUCAUUCCUAUAAAGCUCACCACAUCAAAAUUUUCUGCGUUGCAAAUAACAAAUUCGGCCUUCCAGUUAAAUCACAAUUUAUCCUUUCGUGGAAAAUCCAAAGAUAAAUUCUAUAUACAAUAUUAAACUCUACAUACAAAGUAAUCAAGAAACGCACAUGUUCCUUAUUUUACUUGUACAUUUUCUAAAUAUCUCUCACGCUCCUUCAUAUUCAUUCAAUUGCUUUCGUUGAAAGAACGCGGCGCAAUAGAGUUAAGCGGAUUCGUGAUGCAGAACCGACGGGGCGAGCAACGUUUCGCGGAAGCAAGCCGGCGCCAGGUCUAAAUAAAGCAAGAAACGGAAAAAGGAAUAUGGGGAGAUCGAGAUAUAUCCAGGAGAGCAGCGCCUAUGGUCGAGCUUAAUUAUUUCGCGUUGCUCGCGCGGUGGCAGCAGAUUAGAAUAAAGCUCACUUUGCGACGAGAAGACUUUGCCUCAAGAGGACCAAACGCAAUCUGAAGUUCCCAAGUAGUGGGCCAGGACAGGAGGGGUUGGAUGGAGGAACGGGGUGGAUUGGCUCACUGGUCUUUCCUCGAUUCGCAGGACUCGUAGGACGAAUGGAAAAAACUCCGAUGGAGUCUUCCUUCCAGCACGCGGCCUCUUCGGUCUGCUCCUGGCGCGAGGAAGCGGCGAGAAUUUAAUUAAGAAUUUCCACGGUCGAGGGGGGAGGAAGGGCGACCACGCCAUAUUGCCGUGGCACACACGCGUCACCCGGCCGCGAAUCAUGCAGCUCUCUUUCUCUCUCUUUCGCUCUCCGUCUUCCGUUUUCUCCCCUAAUUAAAUCAAAAGAAAUCGUGCACUCUGGUUCUCUUUCUUUUUCAGUGUUUCUUCCCUUUCUGUCUCUCUUCCUCUCGCUCGUAGGAUUCAUUUCUUGCCAGAUUCCCGCUUCUGUGGACGCCUUUCUUUUUAUAUUGUAAUAUCAACGUUUUUUCGAUGCCAAUUCCAUAAUUUCGACUUCGAAAAAGGGAAUUGGCAUUUUAGUUUUCGUUUAGACUUCGUCGGGAAAGUCAAUUUUGUUAAGUCAUUUAUGGAACAUUUCCUAUUAAUAUGAAUGAGUAGGCGAUAUUAAAAAAAUAAUAUAAAGUUUCAUCCUUGAAUGUUUCGGCUGCAUACAUCUUUCUCUGUUAUGUCAGAAUUUUAUUCAAUUUUAUACAAAUUCUUCAAAAGUACUUUUUAAUAAUACAAAUCAAAAAUAUAAAGGUAAAGAUAUAUUUUUUAAUCAUGUCGAGACGUUUUUCAAUAGUAUGUAUAUUUGUCAGUUAUCGUGUAACAUGCGGCUGCUGAUUACUGAUUGUAUAGUUUUAUCGUAUAACAUUUAAACAAAGCUAUAUUAAUGCCUAUAAUAUAACGUCCAAUUAAAUGCGAUUGAUAUUGCGCUGAUUGUAUGUAAAAUACGAUUAGUGAUUAUUUUCGUCCAGCACGUUGAUCGUCAAUCGUCGAUUGCGCAAUAUCAAGAAUGAUUUCCGUGAUAAAGUGACAUUCUUUGACUGUGCUCAAUAAUAGAUUCCAGAAGAGAAUCCAUGAGAAGCCUUUAUUGCAAUAUUUGAAAUAAUUCCGCUGGAAUUCAAUAAUGGUUUAAUUCGCUAUAUUAGGUGCCGUAAGUAAAUUUUAAUGAAGAACUAUUGGACUUUUGAACCAUGGUGAACUAAAUAAUUCUCGGUUGAUUAAGAUAUCAUGACAUGAACAUGCCUCCAAAUAUAACUUGCAAUGACCUGCGGUAUAAAAAUUAUCUUUCACUCUUGAAACAUUUCGCGUACUAUCAUUCGCGUCUUCUUUUAGAAUUGAAUAAUACCUUAUCGAUACAUAUCGAUGAUUAUAGCACGUACAAUUUUAUUUUAUAUUUAAUUUCAUUGCCAUUUAUUUAAUACUUGUAUUUCUUAGUAAAUUUUGAAAUCUGGAAGCAUUUUCCGCGUAUUUUUAGGAUUAUAAAUUUGAAAUACUCAAACGAUUAUUAAUACUCACAUUGUACUAAACUAGCUUAGAACCAUUAGGAAGAAAUGAAGGGUUGCAAAGAUCCGCGUUAGUAUUCAGAAGUUUUAUUUUAAGUCUUUCUUCCUAUCCCUAUCAUCGCGCCUCUUACCUUCCCUCUUUUAGAUGAUACUACAAUGCGCCAUUCUUCUCUUUGACAUUGAUUAACGGUUCUUUGGCAAAAUAUAUAUACGCCCAUGCGUAAAAAAAGUGGUCUCUAUUUCCUUUCUCGUAUAAUACCUCCGCGCUCGAUUCUUAAGCUCAGAAAAAAAGGCUCAUUCGAAAUUUCGGAACGUUAACAAGUAUCAUUAUGCUAGUAACAUUUGUCUUCGCAGACAUGGCAUGACACAAUGAUUAAAUCUUCAUUUUGUGACGAAAUUCUUUGUAUUCGAAGAAACGUAUUAACGUUUCUAACGUUUCUAAUCAAAUCCGAUUGCACACUUUUUUUAUAUUAUAUUUACUAUUGUACAAAAAAUAUGCAUUAAAUAUCUCUCUUUCUCUACAUAUUAAAUAAGUUUAUAUCAUUCUUUUGUGAAUAUUUUGAUUGAUAUUCACAGCAGAUUAAAUUCCCGCAAUGACAAUUGGUAUUAAAGAUUUGGUCAGGAAAACGUUGAGGUUCAUAAAUUUUUUCUAGGGAAAUAGCAUCGUUGGGGAAAUCUCAGGGAAGGAACACGAUAGUCUUCUAUACAACCCGUUUAUUAUAAGCUUGAAUCAUAUAUUAAAUAGUACUCAUGUUAAAUAUAUAACUCAAGUUUUAAAUAUAUGUCUACAUAUCUUAUACAUAUCAUCAAACAUAUGUGCUUAAACAUGCGCGUAUAUCUGAAAAGAGAAAAAUAAUAAUAAUAUAUUAUAAUAGAACUACAAGAAUUAACGAUUAAACCAUCGACGUGUCAUUGCUCUCCGUCGCCUCGCGGCGAAGCUGCGUGUGAAAGUUCUCGAAAAAGAAAUAAAGAGACAACAGAAGAAAUAUAGUGCGCACGGGAGACAUUUCUCGCGCUAGGAAACAAAUGUCCAGCAUCCGCAAGACACACUUCAUACAUAUUUCCAGCUGCAGCUGGACCGCUCAAUUGUGAUUGCUUCCGGAUCGCCAAUCGAGGCGAAUUGCGAUCUCUCGAUCCGGAAACGGCAGACGUCCGCUUUCCCAUUUCUUCACUCUCUCUCUCUCUCUCUCUCUCUCUCUCUCUCUCUCUCUCUCCUCUUAUCGCGUUACUAAUAUUGGCGACAUAAUUAUCAGCCAAGAUGCAUCCUCGUUUCCAUAAACACCUUCAUAUACAUGUCACUAGGUAAUAUUACAUUUAUAUAGGUCGCUAUAUAAAACAGACAAGUCCGAAAUAGACUUCUUGCGAGAAGUCUGCUCAAGUCGAUUUUUUUCUUCUUGGGAACAAACUUCGCUUGUGAGAGAAACACUUUUGUAAAAAAUUCGGUUGAAGCUUUUUUUCUUCAAAAAAUGUUAUGCACAAGAGUCGUAAAUCUUUUCCGCACUUGAUCGCUUUUGUAUACCGAUCGAUUUGUCUAAGAUAUUUCGCUUAGAGACCUUUUUCAAGGAACUUCUUCGCGACAUAAAUCAGAUGGCUUAUGACACUUACAUCGAGUCGCAAUCCUCAUCUUGGUAUCGCGGACGCGUUACGUAUAACGUUUAUUCGAUGAGAAGAAUCGCGCCGGUGUUCUGAGCAAGUCGCCGGUAGCAGUGCGCGAUUUGCACAUCGAGCAUGCGAUAUUCUCAAAAUUGCCGUGCGGCUCUCUUUGCAAUCUUUAAGGAACUCAGGUAUCGAAGAUACAUAACAAGCACUGGUUUCACGUUUAUAUCGCAGCAAAAAUAAUCAUGAAGAACAAAUCUCGAAAGGCAUUUUUAACUUCUCUUUUUCCAAGUUUAUUUAAUUUGUUUGUUUAAUUUGACACUGACACAAUGAAAUAAUACUUAAUUAAAAAGUUCAGAGCAGGAGAAGUGCAAACCGUUUUCCGAGUCAUUAUAAAAUCAAUUUUAAAACUGAAAGAGUCGUAUCUAAAUUAUCUUUAACAAGUUCUUAUAAAAAAUUUAAUUGAGCAACUGGAUAGAGAAGAUAGUAGUACUGAAUCUUUCAAUAAAGAUCUACAUAUGUAAAUCUAUAAAAAAAACAUAAUAAUAUAUUAAUAAGUUUUCAACUAAUUAGCAACUCUAUUUAGUGGAUGUUAGCAAAUAAUUGUGAAGCCAGGCUUGCGUGGAUUACGCUGCGGAUUACGUCGAAAAACUUGCCGCUUCCUCGGGCUGCAUUGUCGACACUAUCAUACGCCAAACUGUCUCACUGAAAGUCGCGCUCUGCGUAUGCGUGUGUGCAACAAUGUCGAAAAUUUUUUUCACGUACUCUAUAUUCAGUGGACGGAUACACGAGCUAUAAUAGUUUCUCCUAAAAAAUUCGUUUCUGGUGCGCGGCUGUCGAAGUGCGUGAGACGCGAGUACAGCGUUCCCCAAAAAGUUCCACUUCCGCUUACAUUCGAUUCGUCUUCGGUGACAAAAUCGUGCUUGGGAACCGGUUACAUACGGAACUAAUACAUUUUAACGAUUCUUUAAAAUCCAUUUCAGAAAUCAAGUACGCUCGUGUGACAUAGAGAGUGAAUUCGCUUCUCCGUUUUUUUCUCUCCCUUUUUUUAAAUACGAUUAUACGAUCGCAGCGUAGCGUAGCGCAUUUCCGUUUUCAAUAAUUGAGUCGAUUUCGGAAGAAAAAAAUCGUUUAUUUGAUUCCAGCGCAUACAUGUUCUUCAACUUCACUAGAGAUUUCGCGCUUUUUACAAAAAUUGUCGGUUUGCGAGCGCAGAAAUAUAUAUGCAUGCACAAUAUGAUCCUUCUACUUAAAACUACUAAAUAAAAACAGAGUUUUCCUUAUACAAAA